GCAGACUGGAGCAGAUCAUCACAGCAGUGUUGGUGAUGCUGGGCGGUGAAGAGGAGAAGGACUCCCCGGAGGAGAGGCGCAGGUCUCCGGCUGCUGAUGGAGAGGACCCGGACCCGGACCCGGUCUCUGGUACCAGGUUCACUGCACCCUACUACCUCCCUGCUCCUCCUCCUCCUCCGGGGUGUAAACUGAGCCCUGAAGCCCCGGGUCCCUGCUCCUUCCUCCCGUACCCCCCCGGUACCGGUGGUCCGGUCUACAGCCCGUCCGGUACCCGGUACCCGUCCUCCUCCUCUCUCAUGUUGUCCCCCCCCGGGUUCUGCUCCUCCUCCUCCGCUCGGAGUCACUUCAGUCCGGCCUACCAGCUGCAGAGCCCCGGCUGCCUCUACCCGGCCUACAGCAGCUCCGGGUCCGGGUCCGGGUCCGGGUCCGGGUCUGGUUCGGGUCUCAGUAGCCUCCCUCUCUCUGGAGGACCCAUCAGGGCUCAGGUCUACCUCUGCAACAGACCCCUCUGGAUCAAGUUCCACCGGCACCAGACCGAGAUGAUCAUCACCAAGCAGGGCAGACGGAUGUUCCCGUUCCUCAGCUUCAACAUUGCCGCUCUGAGCCUCUCAGCUCACUACAACGUGUUCGUGGAGGUCGUGCUGGCCGACCCCAACCACUGGAGGUUCCAGGGGGGGAAGUGGGUCACCUGCGGGAAGGCCGACAACAGCAGCCAAGGGAACAAAGUUUACAUCCACCCGGAGAGUCCGAACACCGGAGCACACUGGAUGAGACAGGAGAUCUCCUUCAGCAAGCUCAAACUCACCAACAACAAGGGAACCAGCCACAACACCGCACAGAUGAUCGUCCUGCAGUCGCUGCAUAAAUACCAGCCGCGGCUGCACAUCGUGGAGGUGACGGAGGACGGACUGGAGGACAUCAGCAUCAGCAGCGACCUGAAGACACACAGCUUCACCUUCCCAGAGAACCAGUUCAUAGCUGUGACCGCCUACCAGAACACUGAUAUUACGCAGCUGAAAAUUGAUCACAACCCUUUUGCCAAAGGAUUCAGAGAUAAUUAUGAUUCACACUGCCCCUCCUUGACCUCAAGUUCAUACCUCCAUGUAUUUUCCAGGAUGUACACAGCUGGAGAGAACGAGCGCCUCACACCGUCUCCCAGCGACUCCCCCCGCGGUGCCCACCAGAUCGUCCCCGGAGCCCGCUACACCAUGCAGCCGCUCUUCCAGGACCAGUUCGUCAACAACCUCCCCCAGAACCGCUUCUAUAACAGUGAGAGAGCGGUGCCGCAGACAAACGGCCUCCUCUCACCUCAGACAGAAGACGGAGCUUCACAGAGGUGGUUUGUGGCCUCCAUGCAGCAGGGGGGGAAUGGCACCGGCACCGGCAACAAACUGGACCUGACCCCCUACGAGGGGGACUACUCCGGCUCCCUGCUUCCUUACGGCAUCAAGUCCUUGUCCAUGCAGACGUCCCACGCUCUCAGCUACUACCCAGACUCUCCUUUCACCACCAUGUCUGCAGGCUGGGGGUCCAGAGCAGCAUACCAGAGGAAGGUUUCUCCCAGCCUGCCUUGGUCUCCCAGGCCCAGUCCCACCACUGCUUUCCCAGAAGACUCAAACAAAGUGAAAGCACAGAUAGAAGAGGAGGUGAACGGUAGCGGAAGCCUGAUCUCCUCCUGGACAGACACGCAGCCGUCAGCUCUGUCCUUAGACAAGGCUGAGUCUUAUUCCACGGCCUGCAAACGAAGGCGUUUGUCUCUCGGCGGUGCCGGCGCAGAGGACUCACCCUCUGACAUCAAGUGUGAGGACUUGGCCUCUGCUGCCAUCAACAGUAGCUCCUACAGUAAAGAAGCCUCCUCAUCCAAAGGCAUGGCAGCUUACUACUCCUUCUACACAAACCCUUGAAUGCUUUCACAUAUUUCCUCUCUCAUUUCUUCAUCUGCCACCACCAAUACGAAAUACUAGUUUGCUUUUUGUGUUCCGUGCACACCCAGAGUUUGUCUCGGUGGUGAUAAAUGUGGUGAUCAAAUGUUUCCCUUCUGUGGUGACAGGAAAUAUCAAAGACACAAAUAAUAAUCAAACACAGUGACGUCUAAGGUCUAAAGUCUAAAGUCUAAAGGGGCGUGUGAGGCACAAUAAGCAUCAGCAUCCGGAGUUGUUGUUGCCUUAUUCCAUCCAUAGAUUUAUACAUUUAUGUAACUCUGUAUUUGAAAUUUGAAAAGUGCCAAAGCAUUUGUUAAGUUCCCCCAGUUAGUUUUUAAAUCGUGUUCUGUGUGUUUCAUUGUGCAAACAUGACUGUAUCUGCCUUUACACUGAGGUUAUGUGUUUACAGAUUAUUUAUUGAAAGAUAUGAAAUGUGUGCACUCAUAAAUGUGACGAUAAUGUGCUGUAUAUACCUUCAUUGCAAUGUUCAGAUAUUUGAUAAUAAAAAGGCAUAUUAUGUGUUUUA